GGCAUGCGGAAGGUGCGGGACGGCGGCGGCGUGGCCCGGGCGCUCCUGCCCCUGCUCCUCGUGGCUGUCUCAAUUAUUGAAACACAAUGCAAAAAUUAUACUGAAGCUCUAGUAACAUACAAUAGGAGGAUCAUUUCCAGGAGGGAUGCUGUCUGCAGCAAGGAUGAAUACCAGUUAGAUACUCAGUGUUGCAAGAAAUGCAGAAGUGGUUUUGUUAAAAGUGUCACCUGCCCAACAGAUAUUAUCAGACAUUGUGUUCCAUGUGAGAAAGGAAAGGAAUUCAUAGAUCAUCCCAAUGAGCUGGACAAGUGUUGGAGAUGCAAAUUGUGUGACAGCACAUUUGGUUUGGAGGUUGUAAAGAACUGUACCCCAGAAGAGAACACAAAAUGUACCUGUGCAAAGAACUAUUAUUGCAGUUCUGUAAAAUGUGACAGUUGCAACCAGUGUACCACAUGUGAAAGUGGUGUGAUUGAAAAGCCGUGUUCUUUAUCUUCAGACACUGUAUGCGGAACAAAAGAUCUAGGAAAGCUGUGGUGGGUCGUUGCGAUAGCUCCGGUAGCACUACUAGCAAUAGCUGGAGUAAUAUGGUGGUGCAAGAGAAAAGGGAAAUGUCUUACAAUCAGUGGGCACCCAAGUAACAGAGGUUACAAUCCCGAGCCUUAUGAGAAUGUACUUCUCAUAGAUGCAGAUGCUGACCUGAGCAGCCACGUUCCUAGUAUUGUGGCAGAGAUGACACUCGCAGAAGUCAAGAGGUUUGUUCGUCACCACCGUGUAUCAGAACCUGCCAUAGACCAAAGCAUCCAGGAUUGUCCUGGUGAUACAUCUGAACAGAAGAUCAGGCUGUUCCGAGUCUGGUACCAGAGUCAUGGGAUGAAGGGAGCCUGUGGAACCCUAAUACGCAGCCUGAGAGAGUUAAAAAUGUGUGCUGUAGCUGAUAAAAUUGAGGAAGAACUGAAGGCAGCUCUUUCCAGCUCUCAGGAAUGGGGAAAGUCUUAUAAUCCUGCCACUGAGCAAAGCAAAAUUUGCACUCAAGAGGACAGAAACUCUUACAAUGAUAAUGCUGAUCUAAGUAAAGCCUAUACUGGUAGUUUGGAAGAGACCUAG